CUCUGGCUCUUUUCAUCUCCUUCACUCUCAAAUUCUCUCUUCCUUUUUUCUCAAUCGCCAUGAGAAUUAGGGUUAGGGUUUGAAAGUCACCCUCUUUUCAAGGAGAUCGUGUAACGGUAGCUCUGCCAAUGGCGAGUGCUUCUCUACCUCUGCCCAAGUUCACCUUUCUACCUCCCGAAACCACUCCUAAACUCCGGCUUUCUCUCUCUAGAUUUUCUCUCUCUAGAAGGAUUACGACUGGUGCUAGUCUUCGGGGACGGGUUAGGGCUGUUCAGGGGGAUGGCGUGGUGGUAGAGGAUAGGGAGAGUGAAUUGCUCAGUGGAGGGAAUGGUGCUGCUAACUUGAACGGGAAUGGCGGUUACGGUUAUAAUGGGUCGGUUGAGGGGUACACGAACGGUGCGAGUAAUGGGAGCUUGCCGAAGUACGUUAAUGGGAAUGGCGCUGCUGCUGUGACGGUUGUUGAGGAAGUUUAUGAGGUGAAGACGGAGGUUGGUGGGGUGGAGAAGAAGACGAUAGAAGAGAUUGGACAAGAGGAGGCGUGGUUUAAGCGAAGUGGGCAAGGACAGAUUGAAGUCUCUGUUGCACCUGGGGGCCGAUGGAAUAGAUUCAAGACCUAUUCUACCAUACAAAGAACUUUGGAAAUUUGGGGAUUUGUGCUAACAUUUAUCACAAAGGCUUGGUUGAACAAUCAGAAAUUCUCUUAUCGAGGAGGAAUGACAGAGGAAAAGAAAGUUGUAAGGAGAAAAGCCCUAGCCAAGUGGUUAAAGGAAAGCAUUUUAAGACUGGGUCCAACAUUCAUCAAAAUUGGCCAACAGUUUUCGACAAGGGUGGACAUUCUUGCUCAAGAAUAUGUUGACCAGUUAUCAGAACUUCAGGAUCAAGUUCCUCCUUUUCCAUCAGAGAUUGCUAUAUCUAUUGUUGAGGAAGAGCUUGGAGCUCCUGUCGGUGAUAUAUUUGAUCAAUUUGACUACGAACCAAUAGCUGCUGCUAGUCUUGGCCAGGUCCACCGUGCAAGGUUGAAGGGGCAAGAGGUUGUUGUUAAAGUACAAAGGCCUGGCCUGAAGGAUCUCUUUGAUAUUGAUCUGAAAAACCUAAGGGUGAUUGCAGAAUAUCUUCAAAAGAUUGACCCAAAGUCUGAUGGCGCAAAGAGGGAUUGGGUAGCUAUUUAUGAUGAGUGUGCUAAUGUUUUAUAUCAGGAGAUUGAUUACACCAAGGAAGCUGCUAAUGCAGAACUGUUUGCAAGUAACUUCAAAGACAUGGAUUAUGUAAAAGUUCCAACUAUAUACUGGGAAUAUACGACACCACAGGUUCUGACAAUGGAGUAUGUCCCUGGGAUCAAAAUAAACAGGAUACAAGCUUUAGAUCAGUUAGGGGUUGAUCGCAAAAGGUUGGGUAGAUAUGCUGUUGAAUCUUACUUGGAACAGAUACUGUCUCAUGGUUUUUUCCAUGCCGACCCACAUCCUGGAAAUAUUGCUGUGGAUGAUGUGAAUGGUGGAAGGCUAAUCUUUUAUGAUUUUGGAAUGAUGGGAAGUAUCAGUUCAAACAUCAGGGAAGGUUUGCUGGAAUCAUUUUAUGGAAUUUAUGAGAAGGAUCCGGAUAAGGUUCUUCAAGCAAUGAUCCAAAUGGGUGUUCUUGUACCUACUGGAGAUAUGACAGCUGUCAGGCGAACAGCACAGUUCUUCCUUAAUAGUUUUGAAGAGCGUCUUGCAGCACAAAGAAAGGAGAGAGAGAUGGCAACACAAGAACUUGGAUUUAAAAAGCCAUUAAGCAAGGAGGAAAAAAUAGAGAAGAAGAAACAACGUCUGGCUGCAAUUGGGGAAGAUUUAUUAGCUAUUGCAGCAGAUCAACCCUUUAGAUUUCCUGCUACAUUCACCUUUGUUGUAAGAGCAUUUUCAGUACUGGAUGGCAUUGGGAAGGGUCUUGACCCUCGAUUUGAUAUUACUGAGAUUGCCAAACCCUAUGCAUUGGAGUUGCUAAAAUUCCGUGAAGCUGGUGUUGAAGUUAUCUUAAAGGACUUCAGAAAGAGAUGGGACCGGCAGGCCCGUGCAUUCUACAACUUAUUUAGACAGGCAGAUAGAGUUGAAAAGCUUGCUGAGAUUAUCCAAAGAUUGGAGCAAGGUGAUUUGAAGCUUCGAGUACGAGCUUUGGAGUCUGAGAGGGCUUUCCAACGGGUUGCAGCUGUUCAGAAGACAGUGGGAAAUGCAGUAGCUGCGGGGAGCCUAAUAAACCUAGCAACAAUUUUAUAUCUCAAUUCAAUCCGGGUGCCUGCCAUUGCAACAUAUGUCUUCUGUGCGUUUUUUGGCUUUCAAGUUCUCUUUGGCAUUAUAAAGGUCAAAAAAAUAGACCAAAGAGAAAGGCUGAUUACAGGAACUGCAUGAAAAGUUAUCUAGAGUGGAGAUGUAAUUCAUAUGACUUUCUUACUUGCACCUUCCAACUAUUGAAAGAAGUGGAGGAGCUUGAGAAAUGUUUGAGUGAAGUUCUUCCAGAGUCAAUGUGGGCAAAAGUUUCUGAGAAAUGUUUUAAGUUCUUCCAGAGUCGAUAUGGGCAAAAGCUUCCAGCUUGCAUAUUAAUGGUGAAGAUGUCUCAAGAGUGAACACUAGGGCCACAUUCUUGCCAAGAAAGUAAGAUCUUAUAAUGUUCAUUUGCUAAUUUAAACUUGCUAUUUAAGUUGGUCAGAACUAUUUUGUACUUCUUCCCCAUGAUAUUGUUCCGCAAAUGAGUUAGUCCCUUGAUGUUGUAUCUUUGUUGGCUAGCUGAUCACAAUAUGCGAUGGUUUCAGCCCUAAUGUAAAUUUUUCCUUGUAAAAGUCCUAUGGUUGAUAUUGGCAUUUUUGUAGCCUCGGGACCUACUUCAUUGAGGUGUGAUGUAUCCAUAUGUAUAAUAUAACUCAUACAAGUCCUGUUUCUAAAUCCAGAAUUAGCUUUCCCCCAUUUUUAGCCUCUUAUAUUUUAAUUAUUGGAUGUAAAGAAAAACAGAGCUUAUAUUGUUUCUCUCCUUUUGUCCGGAACAGCUGUUAAAUCCUCUUGUAUGUCUGAAUUUCAAGGUGCAAUAAUAAUAUACAGCAGUCUAUAUAAA